UUUCCACGAGCGGCGGGCGGUGCAAUGUGCGACCUGAGCAAUUCUCCGGAGGACGCAGCAGGCAGGCAAGCAGCUCGCGGAUGCUGCGGAGUGCUGCUGAGCGGUGCCAAUGCCGUGACAGGUCAUUUUCUGCAACUGUAGGAGCGGUGUUUAUUUGUUUUCUUUGGAUUUGAUUCUCCCUUGACGGAAGAAACAAAGCGCGCGUCGAUGGUGAGAAAGUGUGAGAACAACACACUUGACAGCAGGAGCAGACAAAAGAGGACGCGCUGUGUGUUUGAUACUUCAUUUGCAUACGAGCUUCUUAUCAUGUUAUGAUUAUUUUACAUCUUGGAGGAUUUAGGACGAAUCGAUGCAAAGUUGUCCAUUGGACAAUUUGGAGAGAAAUUGUCACUUGGGAUUAAUAUCAGAGGCCUUGUUUGUUUGCUAUUAACGAACUGGGACGAACACGUCACCCAAGCUGAUGCUCUUGUAAACAAAGCCAGUCACCCUUGCUUCUGGAGGUAGAUGCUCUUUUCUCUCACCUUCUUCCUGUGGAGGCUCUACAGACAUUUGUCCGUCAUGUUCAGCUCAGACCGGCUCACGGUGCCCGAAUGCGUCAGCCGGCUUCAGCGAGGGAGGAGCGGCUCCGGGGCCGAACAGCAGAGACCGGUGUCUCCGGGGAUCCACGCCGACGUGCAAGCGGCUCUGGACGGCUCCCUCCCCGCGCUGCGCUCCGCCAUCCAGCGGCUCAAACGCGCCAAGGAAAUGUCCGAUUCGGACGAGACGCGCAGGGCCAUCGCGGAGAUCUACCAGCUGGUGGAGGAGGCCUGGGUUCUACCGACCGUCGGUCGUCAGGUGGCCGAAACGAUCUGCAACAGGAUCCGGCUGGACGGAGGCCUGGAGCUCCUGCUGCAGCUUCAGCAGACACCUGCGGUGGAGAUCACACAUGAGUCUGCUAAACUACUGGAGCAGAUACUGGUCUCAGACAACAGAGACUAUGUAGCCCGUCUGGGGCUGGGGGUCAUCCUUAACCUGACUCGGCAUCAAGAAGACGCCCAGCUGGCUCGCAGCGUGUCAGGAAUCUUGGAGCACAUGUUCAAACACACCGAAGAGACGUCUGUUCACCUCAUCACCAACGGCGCCCUGGAUGCUCUGUUGUACUGGUGCCGUGGCACGGACCCCACCGUGCUGCGUCACUGCGCCGUGGCCUUGGCCAAUUGCGCUAUGUACGGAGGCCACCGCUGCCAGAGAUGGAUGAUUGAGAAGCAGGCCGCCGAAUGGCUCUUCCCCCUGGCUUUCUCCAAAGAGGAUGAACUCAUCCGCUUUCACGCGUGCCUGGCCGUCACCGUCCUGGCGGCCAACAGAGAAAUCGAGAAGGAGGUGGUGAAAUCCGGCACGUUGGAGCUGGUGGAGCCCUUCAUCGCAUCCCUGGAUCCGGACGAGUUUGCUCGCAGUUUGUCGGACAGCGCCGACUGCAUGCAGGGGAAGACGGCGUCCGACCUCCAGCACCUCCUGCCGCUGCUGGAUGGAACGAGACAGGAGGGAAAGUGCAUCGCUGCUUUCUACCUCUGCGUUGAGACCAGCAUCAAGUCCCGUCAACGCAACACCAAGAUUUUUCAAGAGAUUGGAGCGGUGCAGAGCCUUAAAAGAAUCGUCAUGUACUCCACCAAUGGCACGGCCUGCUCCCUGGCUAAGCGUGCACUGAGAAUGAUGGGAGAGGAAGUGCCCAAGCGCAUCUUGUCCAACGUGCCCAACUGGAAGACCUGCGAGGUGCAGACCUGGCUGCAGCAGGUCGGCUUCAGCGCAUUCUGCGACUGCUUCCAGGAGCUCCAGGUGGAUGGGGACCUCCUUCUGAACAUCACAGAGCAAGAGCUGAGCACAGACCUGGGCAUGACUGCUGGCCUCUGCCGCAAGAGGUUUCUAAGAGACCUGCGCGUGCUAAAGACCUACGCUAACUACGCCACAUGCGACCCACACAAUAUGGCUGACUGGUUGACGGAGGCGGACCCUCGUUUUCGCCAGUACACGUAUGCCUUCGUCCAGUCUGGGGUGGACCGCAACAACAUCCAAAGCCUGACGGAUCAACAGCUCCUGCAGGACUGCCGCAUACUCAAUGGAGUCCACCGGGCCAAGAUCCUGGCGGCCAGUCGUAAGCCGAUCAGAACCUGCAACACAGACGCCCAGCCUGCGGGACCUGAUGUGUUCAUCAGCUACCGCCGGACCACUGGUUCGCAACUUGCAAGCCUUCUAAAGGUGCACCUGCAGGUUCGAGGAUUCAGCGUCUUCAUAGAUGUGGAAAAGCUGGAAGCUGGAAAAUUUGAGGACAAAUUGAUUCAGAGUGUCCAGCGGGCUCGAAACUUCAUCCUGGUGCUGUCUGCGAAUGCUCUGGACAAGUGCAUGGGGGACACGGCUAUGAAAGACUGGGUGCAUAAGGAAAUAGUCACCGCCUUGGCUGGUAAGAAGAACAUUGUUCCAGUCACGGAUAACUUCGCGUGGCCCGAUCCCACAUCUCUCCCGGAGGACAUGAGAUCUAUUCUCAACUUCAAUGGUAUCAAGUGGUCGCACGAAUAUCAGGAGGCCUCAAUAGAGAAGAUCCUGCGCUUUCUAAAGGGACACCAGGACCUCCUGGAUAGCUCCAAAGAGCAGAAGAAGAAAUGAACACAUCUGAGCCAGAAUAACUCUUAAUUGAUGCCAAAAGCGAGUGGCCAGAAGCCUUCUCCUGCUCAGCCCAUGCGCAUGUGAAGCUCUUUGACAAUGGUAAAAGCUUAUAGGAAGAAUAUAUUGCAAAUAAUAACAUGACGUCUUAAUGCAGUACGCAUAAAAACCGUGACUCCCAUGUUUUUAAUCAUGUAUCAUCACCUACAGUGUAUGCCUUUUUUGUCUCAGGAACAGGAAAAUGGUGAACGCUCAUUUUGUUCGGUAUAUUUAGUCAGAAUAGCCAUAGCAUCAGAAUGUCCUUUUUGUUGCGAUUCCAUUCCAAAUAGAAUUAUUUACACUGUAUCACACAAUUUGCUUCUGAUAUUGGAACAUGAAAUAGAAUAUCGUGUCAACCAUUAAACUACCAGUUUAUA